CUUUCUUUCUUUUAUAAUAAGAGCAAAUUAAGAAUGACACAGUCUGUCAUUGCAUUUUGUGUCCCUCGGGAGUUAUAGCUGGUUUGCAACGACACGAGAACUUUAUUUUAGAGUGUACUGUGCCUUUAAGGAUUCUGUAAUUUGUGAGUUGUAUCAGACGCGCUUUAUAAACCAGGCUGCCAGAACAUUAUUGUGGGCGUUUCUUCAUUACUGUCCAGCUUUUAGAGUUCAAAACUGAGCAAAAGCUCUCAGUAAACAUAAAUGGGAAGCGCUGCUGGAACCAAGAUCAUUGUGAAACAGACCUCACCAGCAUUUUGUGCGUUAUGGAUGACAAAGAAAAAGAUACAGGUGUGUUUCUUGUCAUGGAAAGGGUUACAAAGGCUGCCUCAUGUGUAACGGUUACAGAAAGCUUGUGUAUUCCAUGCAGCUCACAGUUACAUGGAAGAACCAGGUGUUUGUGUUUAUACCCAACCGGGUGCCUGGAUUCCCUCUGAAGAAGUUCGAGAAGGUGUCUGGGGAAGCGUUCUUUGUAGAUGAUAAUCUCUCCUGGUAUACAUCGAUUCAUUCAUUCUGCUGUGAGCCGCAUCCUAAAGCAAGUGAGCAGAAACUGAACCAGCAGUCUGCUGCCAAAUGCACAGCAAAAUUAUGGUGUCAAACAAUUGCGCUGGUGCCGCUCACUCAUGUAUUUUACGCUUACAGUGGAGAAGACUACGAGAAAACAAAGUUCACACCACCAAAUACCCUUCUUCUUGCAGCAUUUUGUAAAAACUGAAUUUGUUUUGUGUCUUAACCAUUCUUGAAAUUAUUCAUAAUUAACAUAAAGAUGUAAAUACAAUACAGUGUGUAUUUAUCACUAAUGUAUAAAGGUCUAUGAAAACAAGGCUCCUUUCUCCUCAUUCUCUCAUAUAAGCAUAUAACAGCAUGUUAUGAACUACUGUUUUAUUAUCAUUACUUCAUUCUGUUUAUUAAAGAUUAGUAUUAAAAUUAA